AUGUCGAAUAUAUAUCUCAACACAGAGAUGUUGAAACAAUUAAACUCGUCAGUUCAUGAUCACAUUGCUGAAUGGAUUAAAAAUAACCAAGAAAAUUUUGCUAUCUUUAGAAAUCAGGAACAUUUAAUCAGAAAUACUCAUCCUCAAGUACUAGCAGUUUUUACCACUAUUGCGACAUGUUUCAUAUUAUAUAUUAUCUAUAAAGUAGUGUUCACAUUGAAUUUCAAAGAUCCAACAGAUAUUCCGGUGAAAUUUAGCCUUCUAAUCCCUGAAGCAGCUCAUCAGAAUUGGAAAUCAAAGACUCGUUUAUCCCCACCUUCAAUUAUUGACCCUAAUGAUCCAACCAUAAUUCAAACAUAUUGUCCAGCAACAGGUCAAUUAUUAGGUAAAUUCAAGUCUAAAACCGAAUCAGAUAUCGAUGAUAUGAUUGAAAGGGCUAACAUCGCUCAAUUAAAGUUUAAUGACUCUUCUAUACAAAGAAGAAUUAGAAUUUUGAAAUCUUUACGUGGUUAUAUAUUGGAAAAUCAGGAAUCAAUUGCAAGAGUUGCAUGUAGAGACUCCGGGAAAACUAUGUUGGAUGCUUCUAUGGGUGAAAUCCUAGUGACUCUUGAAAAAUUAGCAUGGGUAAUUGAACAUGGUCCUGCUACCCUUCAACGUUCAACUCGUCCUGGUCCAACUAAUUUCUUCAUGAAAUGGUAUAAAGGUGCAGAAGUAAGAUAUGAACCUUUAGGGGUUGUUUCUGCAAUUGUCUCAUGGAAUUAUCCAUUCCAUAACUUAAUGGGUCCAAUCAUUGCAGCUUUAUUUACUGGGAAUGCAAUCGUUUUAAAAUGUUCUGAACAAGUUGUUUGGUCUUCCGAUUUUUUCAUUCGUUUGGUGAGAGAAUGUCUAAAGGCUUGUGGAGAAGACGAGGAUUUAAUUCAGUUAUGUUACUGUUUACCUCCAAGAGAAUAUGUGGAUAACGCAGCCAAUCAUUUUACAUCUCACCCUGGUUUAAAACAUAUUACAUUCAUUGGUAGUCAAUCUAUUGCACAUCACAUAUUGAAAUGUGCUGCUGAAUCUUUGACACCUGUUGUUGUUGAACUUGGUGGUAAAGAUGCAUUCAUUGUAUUGGAUUCUGUAAAAAAUUUGGAAAGUUUAUCUUCUAUUAUCCUAAGGGGUACAUUCCAAUCAGCUGGUCAAAAUUGUAUUGGUAUAGAAAGGGUUAUUGUCUCAUCAAAAAAUUAUAAUAAACUAGUGGAAAUCCUAGAGAGAAGAUUGACUACUUCUCCUUUGAGAUUAGGUUCAGAUAUUGAUCAAUUGGAAGGUAUUGAUAUGGGUGCAAUGGUUUCAGAUAAUAGAUUUGACCAAUUAGAAGAUCUAGUUAAGGAUGCCGUCUCUAAAGGUGCAAGACUAUUGGCUGGUGGUUCUCGUUACUCUCACCAUACUUAUCCUGAGGGACAUUACUUCCAACCUACUUUACUUGUUGACGUAACCUCAGAGAUGAAAAUUGCCAAUAAUGAAGUAUUUGGCCCAAUUCUGGUUAUGAUGAAGGCUAGAGAUACAGAUCACUGUAUUGAAUUAGCUAACUCAGCAGAAUUUGGUCUAGGUGGUUCUGUCUUUGGGAACAAUUUUGAAGAAUGUAAUUAUGUCGCAAAUCAUUUGAAGACAGGUAAUGUUGCUAUAAAUGACUUCGCCACUUUUUACGUUUGCCAAUUACCAUUUGGUGGUAUUCAUGGGUCAGGUUAUGGUAAAUUUGGAGGUGAAGAGGGUUUGUUAGGUUUAUGCAAUGCGAAGAGUGUGUGUUAUGAUACUUUACCUUUUGUAUCUACCCAAAUCCCACCUGCAUUGGAUUACCCAAUUAACAAUGCUAAUCAAAAAGCUUGGAAUUUUGUUAAAGCAUUUAUUACCGGUGCAUAUACGCCAUCCAUUUGGCAAAGAGUAAAGUCUAUAUUUUCUCUUGCUAAAGCAUGA